UACUACACAUUUUUAGCCAUGGCGACAAAUUUCAGCCGAUCCAUUUUGCAGGGACAAUAUCCCAUCAGACAGAGAGGCCAUGAUAAGUGUCCCAGCCAUAGAGAAAACAAUCUUGUAUUUUUGUGUAAGGGCUGUAAAACAUUAAUAUGUUCUGCUUGUAUCAUGACUUCACAUAAAGAACACAUAGACAGUUGCAUUGAAAUUGCAAAAAUUGCAAAAGAACAGAGACAAGAAUUACAAGAUUUUGUUAAUGACACUGAUGGCAUGAAGAUUCCAAAAUUUAAAGAAGAAAUAAAAUCAGCAAGACAAGAACUUUCCAUCUGUAUCCCAAAAUACAAACUAGUUUCUGAAGACAUUAAAAAACAGAGAGACAAAUGUAAGCUAGCAUUAGACAAAAUAACGGAGGAUCACUUAGCAAUAUGUGACAAAAUGGAGAAGGCGUCCACAGACCUCCUUCAGACUUACAUCACAAACCUGGAGGACAGGUUAGACAAUUUAGUUAAACUCUCAUCAGAGUGUAAACAGACCCUCCAGACAGGCACUGCUGUACGUAUGUAUGACUCGGUAUUAGAAGUCCAGGACAUGGACUUAGAUAUUCCACAGACACCUAACAUAGACAUGACAGAGUUUACUCCAGGUAACAACAGACAAAGUCACCUGGAGCAAGCCAUGGGUAAAAUGAAGACUCCUACUGACCAUCUCCAGGCAGGAUCAGCACCUAGCGGUCACUCCACACAUGGUCCAGGUGUGAGACCUAAACAGUCCAAAUCUACAGAGACGGGUCAAGCCUCCACUGGAUCAGUCCUGUACAAACUUUGUGACAGUCCAAUUGUCAUAUCCAAGUUCUCAUACCCAGAUCGUAUCACAUCAAUCUGUUCUACACCUGAUGGGUGUGCAUGGCUGUGUGAUUUCGAAACCAACACAGUAAAACUCAUCAACAACAAAGGUCAAGUCAUACAGAAGAUACACCACACCAGUGACAUCAGAGACAUCAGUCUGGACCCAACCACAGGUCGUCUGUGGUUCUGUUGUAGAGUUGAGAGGACUAUCUGGGAAGUAUCUACAACAUCUACACCAGUCACAAGGUUUACUACUGAAGGGAACCCAAACAGUCUGUUUGUGACCAGGGAGGGUCUGGUAGUGGUGGGCACACGGGGUACAGAGAGGUACGGGGUGGUGAUGUACACAGCAGACGGCCGGGUGUUACACACAGACACUGUGGUGGGGUCAGGGGAGGGGUUGGUACGGUCCAUCACACAGUGUGGUGUUACAGGAAACAUAGCUUUAGUGAGUGGUAAACUAAUCAGUGGAGACAGUAGUGAUCCAAACAACUACAGGCGUCACAUCAUUGUGUACAACCCAACACUACAACCCCUUGUCCACUACCAGGGAGAGGGGAUACAGGCACAGAAGGCAGUCACACCAGACAAGUUUGUUCCAGCAACAGUUGUAUAUGACAGUAAGGGUAAUAUUGUUAUUGCUGACUGGAAAAGGAACACACUAGAACUGAUAAGUGGAACAGGAAAGUACAUAAAAACACUUCAUACAAACAAAGGACGACGACAGAGAUCAGUAGGUAUACAGAAGGAUGAUGUGUUGUGGUCAUACUUAGUGUUAGAUACUGGAGUGUUGGCAUACUUAUCGUUAGAAACUGGAAAGCCUGGAUUCAAACUUCUCAAGUAUUACAGUGACUGAUGAGUGACUAAACUAAACCUGGAGUGAUGAUACAGAGAAAUGAUUCCAAAUGAAUACAAAAAGAACUUUAAUUUUAACAUUAAACUUUGACCAUUAAUAUUAUGAUCUUAUACACUUGAUCAACACUUAUACAGACAGGCAAUAUUAUGUUUGAGGAAUUAAUGUAAACAUGUCACAGGUUUAUUGUUUACAGGUUUUGUUAAUAGUUACAACUCCAGUUUAGAAAUGAUGUUUACAAAUACUGUCAUUUACAUCAUGUCGGUUAUAUGUAUUUUUUUACUAUUCAAGGACAAGGUAAUUGAUUUCAAAAACCUGCAAUGAAAUCUGAAAUCAGCGUCAUUGUACUAAUGACUUGUUGUUGAUGGUGUAUAACCUGACUUCCCUUGUAUACUCAAAUAGACUGUUCCAUACCUAUUCUAACCAUAAAUAUUGGACAUGGACCUUUUGUACUUAAUCAUUCUUAGCACAAUUAACCUGCGACGUUAUCAUAUAACAAGUGACAUUACAAGUGGUACAAACACUGACACUGUCAUAGAACAUGUGACAUUACAAGUGGUACAAACACUGGCACUGUCAUAUAACAAGUGACAUUACAAGUCGUACAAACACUGACACUGUCAUAGAACAAGUGACAUUACAAGGGGUACAAACACUGACACUGUCAUAUAACAAGGGACAUUACAAGUGGUACAACCUCUGACACUGUCAUAGAACAUGUGACAUUACAAGUGGUACAAACACUGGCACUGUCAUAUAACAAGUGCCACUACAAGUGGUACAACCACUUACACUGUCAUAUAACAAGUGACAUUACAAAGUGUAUAAACAAUGGCAAUGUCAUAUAACAAGUGACACUACAAGCGGUACAACCACAUACACUGUCAUAUCACAAGUGACAUUCCAAGUGGUACAACCACUGACAUUGUCAUAUCACAAGUGACAUUCCAAGUGGUACAACCACUGACACUGUCGUAUAACAUGUGACAUUACAAGUGGUACAAACACUGGCACUGUCAUAUAACAAGUGACAUUACCAGUGGUACAACCACUGACACUGUCGUAGAACAAGUGACAUUACAAGUCGUACAACCACUGACACUGUCGUAGAACAAGUGACAUUACAAGUCGUACAACCACUGACACUGUCGUAUAACAUGUGACAUUACAAGUGGUACAACCUCUGACACUGUCAUAGAACAAGUGACAUUACAAGUCGUACAAACACUGACACUGUCAUAUACCAAGUGACAUUACAAGUGGUACCACCACUGACACUGUCAUAUAAACAGUGACAUUACAAGUGGUAUAACCACUGACACUGUCAUUUAACAUAUAUAUGCAAGUUGUGUGACAGUGAGAAAUCACAAAGAUGUUUUAUGUUUUUAUAUCGUUACCAUUGUGAAUCCUUUGUUCUAUUUUAUAUAAAUGUUGUAAUCCACUUAUAUUUCCCAUGAUUCAUAUGUUCACAUUAAUUGGCAAGGGGAGGCAAUUGCGAGUACAAAUAUCUAGACUUGUAAAUAUUAUGUCCAUCACAAUUAAAUGACUCUAUCAAUAAAUGUUAUUUUUACAUUUUUCCAAUUUAGUUUUUUAAGAAGAAAAUGCCCAGAGGGCCUGUAUUAUCCGCUUUGAUGUUUGAGCAAUCAUGGGACAAUGUUCUCAAUAAAAGUAAUUUUGCAAAUAUUUCCAUGUAUUAAGUAUCCAUGGCCUAAGAACAUUCUACACUAAAUGGAACUUGAUACUAUUCUAUCCCAGGAUGCUACAGGUCAUAUAUCCUCACCAAGGUACCUCCCUGUAACGCAGAAUGUUUUUAAAGUUUUUUUUACAUGUUUGACCCGUUUGACAUUGGAAGUAGAUCAGAUCAAGGUCAUUUAUCUUCGGAAACUUUAUAGAACUCCUUGUCAGGUACCUACUGGCCAACCACAUUGCUCUGGGCUUCCUGGUUAUUCAGAAGAACUUAUUUAAAGUUUUUUUUAUGUAUUUGAUUCAUGUGACCUUGAAAGUAUGUCAAGGUCAAUUAUUUGUGUGGAGACUUGAUACACUCUAUCCCAGGUACCUACUGGCCAAAUUACAUCACUCUGAGCCUCCUGGUUGUUUAGAAGAAGUUGUUAAAAUAUGUUCAUGUAUUCGACCCAUGUGACCUUGAAAGUAAGUCAAGGUA